AUGGAAUGUGCUCUAAGCCAAUGUAUUCCUAACGUUUAUCGAGCAAUCAUCUAUAUUGACAACUUGAACCGCUUCUUUAAGUUAGGCUUGACGGUGGGGGAGUUCUUUUACUUCUUCGAGGUGAGACGCUGCGAGAAAUAUGCUCAGCUAUGUAUGAGUAACGCCAAGCUGUUUGAUAGUUUCAGCCAAGGAGACCACGUGUGGAAUGCUGAUGUUUUGGAGAUUAGCAGCAAGUGGGAAGGUGAGGUAGACAAUGGUCCACUGAUUCUCACCACCUACUGCAAUGUUAAGGAUAUCACCCAAAAGCUUGAUCUCGGACCGGACAUGGCUAAGCUCCGUCAGGCACUAAACAUCCCUGCGAGGUUUCGAGAAUUGCAUUGGCUACUGAGUGAGCAUUGA